GAUUUUUUAUACCUCGUCAGUUCAACACAUUUUUGUCACAUCACAAGUAGCAAUUUUUUGUAGAAAAAAAGUAUCUAAAGAUAACCCCGUUGCCUGUGAGGUCGGUCUUUUAUUAGCCUUGCUGUGAACUCUGACUGCACUAUAACUAAGGUAUUCUACUUUUGCGAGUGUGGUGUCGCCGCUCCUUGUGCUUGUUACCAGACUUGGGCCCACCACUUGACGCAUCCCUGAGAAACCCUAAGCUCCACUUUUGGGCCACUCGGCUCCUUGUGGCAGAGAAACGCUCGGUGACAGCCGCAAGGAAAGGCCACAUAAUCCCACUCCGGUUCCGAUUGCAGUCGGCGGGUGGUUUUCAUUCAAAUUUGCCGGUAAAACAAAAGAAACACAUUUUCGGAAACAAAAAUAGUCCAAUCUGGCUGAAUAUGCGAAUAUGGCAUCGAUAGAACCGAGCGAGGAGUUACUGGAUCGCCAUUUCAGGCAGCAGGUGGCCAUCUACAAGGAUGUCGACGAGGCGAGGGCCUUUCAGUCGGAUCGCCUGAUCAUGGCCAGGUGGAUGAAGGUGUUCGAGAGGGCUCCGCCCAGCCAGAAGCUGGCACGGAACAGCCUUGUGCUGCUAAUGCAUGGUCACAUGAAGGACUUUGGUUUUCUCAAGGAGCCGUUCACGGAUGUGCGGAACUGCAGCCGGAACCUGAACGAGAUUUUGGACGUGUACAAAGGUCACUCAUGCAAGAAGGUAUUUUCCCAGAGUAACUCCAAAAUCGGUACGUCUACUAAAUCCACCAAAAAUAUUCCGGUAACUCAACCAAAGGAGCAGAAACGUAUUGGGGAAGGCAAAUCAUCUUCUUCCUCCCGGAGCGUAUCACUUAAGAAAACUUUUACCCAUAUUCCUCGAUCUAAGAAACUGGAACCCAUUAGGGAGGUUUCCGAACCCUCGGAAAAGGAACCCACCACCAACAGUAGGGCCAGCAUAGUGACGAUAAUUGAAACGGCGAAGACUCGUUCCAUUUCUUCGCAGACUAGUUCCAGUUCGCAGAAGACUUGCCCGGAAUGUGUUACCAAGGUUGAAAGACCAAGUGUAAAGGAGAGAGUCCAAGUCCUAGAAGAGGGGCUUUCGAAGGACGAAGAACAUCCUUUUAGUAAAAGUUCCAUGGAGAAAAUCCGGAAGUACUAUCAAAAGUGGUCAAGUUAUAGUGGCGAUUCAGCUUCGAAUCGAGAAAGCGAGAAACCACCAUCCUGCAGUCCCACAGCCCAAGAGAGACUUCAAAGGAUAACCAAUGUUAUAGAACAGGUAACCCGCAGAUCGAGUGCUGUGAAAAACCUGAAAGACUGCUUCGAGGAAAUGGCCGAACGUUUGAGGAACACUUCAGAGCCUGAAUAUACCGUACCUGAAGGAUCCAAAGCAAAGAUUCCGCCAAAAAACAUUCGAAGCAGUCAGGAUCAUGAUAGUCCUGCACUGAUGGCUAGACAAACUGGUGGGCAAUCGCUUCCCCCCGUAUUUUUCAAGAAUAAACCGGUUCAGGCUUUGCUGGCUCGCAGGGAGAAGCUACGUGUCCAGUGCUUGGAGUUCUACAACUUGGAUGGCUCCUUGAAGGAUGGAAAGGAUAUGCCUGUCCCCCCAGUAGAUACCAAGCGAACUGAUCUUCGAGUUAAAGGAUUCUUAGUUGGAGCCUACAAGGCCUUGGAACGGCUAAAGCGCUGGCGAGGAAAACCCAAUCGUUUGAAGCUGUUCCAGACCUGUUUCCGAGGAUGCGGCUUGGAGGGUUUCGGGAGACUGCAGGCUUUGGACCGUAGAUUCGAGCAGGUGGCCCUCAAGUGGUAUCGCAAAAAGGUUGUGGAAUGCCAACAGAACACCUGGCGUCGUUAUCGAAGAAAUAUUAAGCAAAAAGCAUGCCACACUCAGGAGGAUCUGCGCCAGACUCACCACCAGUUGGAACUGCGGGAGGAGCUGCUGCGCGAGGGAAUGGUUCACCUGGCCAAGAUGCGGGAACUGUGCAAGACCAACUGCUCCGGAGUGGUCAGACCGGAAGACCUUCGCAAGAUGCUCGGUUGCCUGACCAAUGAGUACGACAAGCUGGCCGAAGGUCUCAAAAUUGUCGUCCUCCAGAAGGAGCAACUGUUCCAGUGAAUAGCCCGUAGUAACCAAAAUCCGUAACAUUCCUCGCACCUGUUUUUGUACUAGCUUUACACUCGUCCCAACAUUAACACCGCCAGCUGCGCUGCUCAUUAAUUAAUUUAAAUACGACGCUUUAUUAAAUUAAGAACUGGCAAAAAG